AUGAAAAUAUAUUCCCAAUCUAAAUUCCUUGAUCUUAGUCCAAUAACCAUUGAGGUCAAUAACAAUAAUGGUAAGGAGAUUACAUCCGUUUCCGGCCAUUUUACUUGGAGUUACACUAGACCAACAUUUGAAAUGGGAUAAGCAAAUUAAUACCAUCUACAAUAUAAUUAACUCUAGACUUUAUCUGCUCAUGCAACGUAUACGUAGCUAUCUUACUUUUCAAUCUCGUAUUCAAUUAUAUUACGCACUAAUCUACCCACACUUGCUAUAUUGUAGCACAGUCUGGGGCAAUGCUAAUAACCAACUAAUUAAGUGGCUACAAAACUACAGAAACGUGCUGCAAGACUAAUUCUCAAGCAGUUAACAGACUGAAGUGCAGUUUGCAUAACAUUUGUCAAAUUCGAAAGUUUCUAACUCCUGACUCGACGAAAACACUUAUUCAUUGCAACUCUUUGCUCUACCAUGGUAUACCCCAGUACCAAUUUAAUCGACUACAGCGAGUUUUGAACGCUGCUGCUCGAGUUGUCUGUGUAGUUCCUAGGUUUUAGCAUAUCUCACCAAUCUUAAGGAGCUACAUUGUUUGCCUGUUCGAUAUCGCGUGGAGUUCGCGACUCUCAUCCAAUUCGAACUAGAUCGUCUAUUACAGACUUAAAAGUUCCAUCAGUUAAGACUACGCAAGCAAAAUCCAAAAUUUCCCACAGUGGUGCAAGUUUAUUUAAUUCUUUACCAUCCAAAUUAAAAAAUCACUCAAUUUAUUUCUAUAAAAACUUAAAAAGAAGCACAAAACCUACUUUAUUCAAUUGAAUUAUGAAGCAGAUCACGUUAAUAAGUUCCGCUGCAUCGAUUGUAAGCAUAUUACUCAUUGUCAAUGUUACUCUCAUCGAGAGUAACAUUGGGAAGACUAUUAUAUUAAAUAAUCAAUGUAAUCCUUCAUUGAAUAAAGUUUUAUUAUUAUUAUUAUUGUAAGUAUAGUCUUUUCGUUAACACGAAUCCUUACCCUAACACUAACCCUAGUUUUAGCAUUAUCUAACUGUUUAUUUAUAUUAUAAGAUGGCUCAAUACACUUUUCAAAAAAUCUUGAACACUUUGACAUGUUCAAACUACGCAUUUUUAGCAUUUAUUCAGCAGAUACUGUGGGUUUUAUAUAUUUUGAUAUCUCUACCUUCAAGUUAUAUUCGUUUUAAUAACAGCGUGCAUUGUUAUUAUUUUCAUGCAUUAUUUUACUUGGAAGAAAAACUAACAAUUAGCAAACUAUAAAAAUAUAGUUCCAUUUUUUUGGAAAAUGCGAAAAUGUCGUACUCUUCAGUAAAAUGUUUUGGCAUUAUAGAUUUUUUGAUUUGUUUGUAUAACGAAAGUUUUUUGCGAUGCAAUAUAGCAUGCAAAAUGUGAAUAUAGGUUACCAGACAAAAUAAAGAGAUAUAGCGCAUUGUUUUUCUAAAAUGGGAAAUUUUAAUGACGUCAGCAAUUGACAUAAAACGCUAUAGAACACGCGCAAUGACGUGAGAUGGCGCGAGCAACUGCUCACGUUAGGUCAUUUUGGAAGUUCUUUCAUUCCGUUAAUCAGUUUCCGCGACCGGCGCGUAAAAAUGUUUACCCGGUUUUGUUCGCAAUUCUUGACCAGCGUUUUCGUAAUAACUAUAUCGAGCCACCUUAACAAGCUUUGUUUUAGCUCAAGUAUAGGAGACAGAUUUAGAUCGAGGACGCGGACGUCAAAGACGAUGUGAAAAUGGCGUCAAAAUGACGUGGCAUAUCCAUACAUAGGCACAACACACCAUUUUCACGUCGUCUUUGACGUCCGCGUCCUCGAUCUAAAUCAGUAUAAUCGUUGGCGACGGCUUUAGUUAUAAAGCCCUUUAUCUUGUUACUGAUGACCUGUUAUUGCAAGGUAUUUAGUAUAACUGCGUGGUUUUGUAAAUGGGUCACCUGUAGCUCUAAACCCAAUAUCUCAAAUCACGAAAUCGAGUGAAUUUACGGCUUUGUUUGCUAAAAUUUGUUUGCGGAUACAGUUUUUAUUUAGCAAGCUAUGACUAUACGCCGCGGAGCGAAAUAAUGCCAUUAGAGUUACGUUACGGAUUUGCAAAACUAGCUCAAAUAUAAAAUAUAAAUAAAUAAAAAAUAAUAAUAGAAAAGAUAAUAAAAGUAUGCUGAAGUUAAAAAUAAUAAAAAAUGCUAAUUGGAGAAGCAUAAAGACGGUGCCGUUAGAAACAUAUGUAGACAGUGUAGUCGGUGUCAGUCAUGCAUUGUAAACUAUACGAACUUAAAACAUUUUCGUUCUGGCAUAAAACAUUUCCUUUUUGACUCGUCAUCUGUUUCCUAUAUCGUUCCCAAAGUAGAGCUUUUACUGGACUGACAAACCGCAAUAACUUCACUUUCUUUAUUCACAGGCGAGAAACCAGUAUUGGUAGAUGAAGCACCCAGUUCCUAUAUUCUUCCAUUGGGUGAAAAUGCCACUCUGAAAUGCAAUUUCUAUAACUGGCAACCUGACUGGAAAAUGAUCUGGUAUGUGAAUGGCAAAAAUAUUCAGAAGAACAAGAGAUUUCGACAACGAAAUGGGGAGUCGUCAUCACUAAGGAUUAGAAACGUACAGAAUGCGGACGAUGGCGUGUAUAAGUGUGUUGCCUCGAACAAAUAUGGUAAAUUCGGUGUUAGUAAACAACUGAAUGUUGUUGCAAGUAAGCUUGUUUAA